UCGUCGCCAACUGCCGGACUGAAGGAGUAAGACAAGAAAAAAAGCAGAAAAGGCGUCGCAAACGUCGCACGACUUGAGUACUUAAACGUUGAACACAAACUGCCGUAUCAUUAGCGCCAGUUAAGAGGGAGUUCAUUUCGUUGCCACAUUUUUGUCAUACAUCAACAUGUGCCAUGGAGAAUUGCUUAGGCGGCAGCAAACGUACCAUCCGAGCACAAAGGGACUUACAACAAUUGAAGCAGCAAUGCCAGCAACAGCCACCGAACCAGAAUUUCUAUACGCAACAACAGCCGCAAGUCCAUCGGCAAGCGCAAACAAUCAAGCAGCAACAACAACAGCUACAACAACAAAUCUUACAACAACAACAACAACAACAGCAGCAGCAACAACAAAGGUUUCUACACGAGGAACAACAGCUACAAAAGGCUGCAACGCAACUGCAUCAGCACCAACAACAACAGCAGCACUUGGAGCAACAACUACAACAACAGCUGAUGCAUCCGUUUCAGCAAUUAACGCUACAACAGCAUCAACAGCAGCAGCAGCAACAACAACACCAGCAACAGCGCGAAAUUGCCUAUCAAUUGGCUGCGGAAUCCGAGCACAAUCGUCCUGCAUCCAUGUCGACAACACCUAAAUUUGUCGCCAAUUGUUUGCAUUUUCCACCGCCGCCAGAUUAUCCGCCGCCACCACCGAAAACGCCAACGGCUGCGACCGCCGCCACUGUGACCACAGCCGCCACUAAAACAAUGUCCACGGCAAAUGUUAAGUCAGCAACGACAACGACUGUGACAACAACAGCAACAACGCCGGUUGCAAACAAAGCGAACGCCAGCGGCCAUCACCACCAACAUCAUCAGCAUUAUCAUCAACAGCAGCAGCAGCAGCAGCAGCAGCAACAACAACAACUACUGCCAACACAUCACUAUCCACAGCAACAGCAACAACAACAACAACAACUCACUGACAAUGUACUGACGCACUUAGAGCCAAUGGCGCCACCUGCUGUGACCACCGGCGCACACAAUGCUACGCUUGCAGUGAGUGCCACUUUGACCCCGCCAUUGAGCAAUGCCACAGUCAACUACCACCACUCGUCGGCAUCCGCGUCCAGCUCACCAUCGUCCUCAUCGGCCACAAGUGGCACUACCAUAGGUGUCAGCCCGUAUGGACGGCGGCAAGUGUUGCCGCGCUACCCCGAUCCCGAUCCAGACGCUAUCGAGGUGUGCAACGAGCAGGAGCCCAUAAACAUUUCGAAAGUGUCAACGCGUCACAAUAGCAAAACACUUGGCCGCGCAAACGAGCUACUCAACGCGGACGCAAAAUGGUCUGCGGUGCAACAGACCACAAGUUUACAGCUGUUGCAUCAACAUGCGCAUUCCACACACCCGCACGCACAGCAUGAUUACUCGUAUGCGUACUAUGAGCCAGGCGCCGCGAUGCGUCACUCGAAUAUACCGCCACCCGAAAUGGUACCUGGCAGCGCACACACGAUACAUCAUGCACCACCGCCGCCAAACUCGAUACGCGCGCUACUGUCCAAGGGCAGGAAGAACAAAUUUCUGUCUUCGCCGGCCGGGCGGCAUGCCUAUCAGGCGCAUUACGGGCUUGAUGGCGCCAUUGCAUGUGAUAGCGCAACGUUGCGCAGUGUUGCGGGGGCAACCAGUGAGAAUUUCUACGAAGAGAUAUCUUCCAAUGAGGCCGCACUUCAAUACCACCACAACAGCCACCAUCAUCACUUACGGGCGUCGGGCACUUCGCAUUCGGCGGGUUCGCUGAAUCAAUCACUAGUUGAAGAGGAAUUGCGACGCGUACAUAACCGCCACCAUAAAAUACUUGGCGAGCUGAAUCUGUCCGUCGAGGCCAUGUUGAUGCCUGAGAGUCCGCCCAACAGUAGUCCGACCAGUAGUGAAGCGCCCGGUAUUAGUGUUACCACUGCGUCGGGACAGCCAAAUAUAGGCGCUGUUGCUGCCGAUGGCGCAGGCAGUUUGCGACUCUCUUCAACGUCGGCUGAUAAUAUCUGUGAUGCAAAUCUCUCCGAGCUGCUCAGCACUGUGGGGCCCACCGAUGAGCUCCUCUCGCCUGUGCAGUCGUCGACAAAUGCCGCCUUCUGUGCUGCCGACUUGGAUAGCGGCUUCAGCGGCAGCAGCGGCGCCAGCUACAUCGGCAGCUUGCGCAUACACAAAACCAACGCGGCGCUAUCGCAUAUAAUGAGUACGCGUCAAACGCUGGCCAAUAGCGCAGUGCAAUCCUCCACAUCCUGCAAUUUCUCUUAUGGCACACAAAGCUGCCGCUCCUUUCAACGCUCCUCCUCCACCAAGCAACCGCCGCACCAAUUGCCGCUUGACGACGACAUAAAUUCGGGCUUUUUGACACGCGCCUCUUGUGGCCGCCGCAUACUUAAUUGUGCCAAGAUUCGAGCCGCAGAGGAUCCAGGACCGGUGGUGCCGACUGAAUCGAAAGCGCGAAGCUUCUGGAAUCGCAAAGGUUGGCGCAAAUUACCCGGAUUCUCGACAUCCACAUCCAGCAUUAACGACACUGGCAUAACAGGUGAGCCAAUUUCCAUGAAAAAUGUGAAAGGAGACAACACAACAGACACGAAGACGAGAACGAAAACGAAAACGAAAAAUACGAGUACAAAGGCGAUUCCAUUAAUCUGCUUAAAACGCUGACCUUAAUUGGUGAAGUGUCAUUUGUCAGUGCAACAUUUUUACUGAUGUGGUGGUGGUGAUGCCUCUACUUGAUUGUGUGCUGGUGUGGUGUGGAAUGGAAGAAUGGAAUGGCGAGCGAAUGGAA